AUGCCUCGAGCCAGUAGGCUUGCUGCCUGUUUUUCCAUAGUGGUAUUGGUGGUGGUGGUGUUGAAGUUGAUUACCGCCUCGCAGCUACAACUAGGAGAUGCUUUGUUUCUAGCAAAGAACUCGAUCAAGGAGUACCAUUUCUCGGCCAUUUGCAGAAGCAGGUAUUUUGCUGGCUGUACGAGUGACUCGGAGAGGGAGGUGAAGGGGGAAGGUGAGCCUGGCCAGGUUAUAGGUCUUGAUCUUGACUUGGACAGUCCAUUCACGAAUGUGGUCAAUUCGGUGUUUCCUAUUGAUCUGAUUAUUUCGUAUAACUUUUCAAAUGAGACCCACGAGAUGUUGGCUCGCUAUGCAUCGUUCAGCCCCAUCAUCAGCCGGUCCUUGACGUCGGAGUACGCUAUAGUGCCUGGAAAGGCGUGUGAGGGACCCUGGGAACCUGAAAAUAAGGAGGAAUUUGAAGAUAAAAUCUUGAUUGUGCUCCGUGGAAAGUGUACGUUUGUGAAGAAGAUCCGGAAUCUUCUUGAAUCAGACCUACGGCCUCGUGCUAUCAUCGUGGCUAACGAUGAGCCCUAUAGGGCCCUCAUAACCAUGUACCUGGCGUCGUUCAACGCGGACGGGAAACUUACUACUCCGGUGUUGUUUAUUCUGAACGAGGACUAUAAAGAGCUUGGGGUUAUGUCUCUGGAACACUUGAAGAUCCUGAUCAGAACCGCUGCUUUUGAUAAUUGGAUCAACUUGCUCCUUUCCAUGGCAGUAUCUCCGCCGCUACUUAUCCUAAUAUGCUAUCUUUUGGUCAGAACGCUACAAAUGUGCCGUAAGCGUCGCGUGAGUGCCUUAAACCAGCGGCUUGUCAAGAAUCUACCUGUCUAUAUCUAUCACAGAAACCAUUUGAUCCCAGCACACAAUUUUUACGUUUAUUUAACGGCCACUUACCAGACAGGUGACAUACCUCUGGUUCCGUCGUCCUCAGAGGAUAUUUCAUCGAUUACAGAACCAGAUAAUCCUGCUUCUAUGAAAAGUUUCGUCAUCAACGGUACGGACCUUUACUCAUUACGGAAACUGUUGGGGAUCCUUUUCGCUCCCGACGAUUUCUUUCCCACUUUCAAGUGCUCUAUUUGCUUGGAUAAGUUUACUCCUCUCCAGCUGAGGGUACUUGUAUUGGAUUGUCACCAUAUCUUCCAUGAAAAAUGUCUUUCCAAUUGGCUUAUUAACUUCCGCCGCACCUGCCCAUUGUGCAACGAUAUAAUCAAGCCAACAGAAACACUGCCUCUUCUCAACUCCAUGCUGGAACCUAUGAUGACGCAACAAGCGUUUGAUCUAGGUGCAUUGGAGAGAGACGUUGGCUUCAAUGGAGCACAGUGUUCGCGUGCGACACAAGACUAUGCCCGGCAACUGCCCGAGGUACUUUCCACAGCAGCUGUUCGUAGCUUUCAACUUGAGUCAGCUGCCUCGGACCCAGGGCAUUCCAACGAACAUACAGAUCAGCACUCUUCUUCAAACUCCUCGUUCGUCACGUCCUUUUCGCAGCCAGAGACUCCCGUUCGUGGGUCAGCAGCAUCUUCCUUACCAUCAGCAUACUUUACGCCAAACCUGUCCGCUGAAUCAAGAUAUGAAGACACACAAAAUACCCAAGAUACUAUGAUAUUCGAUGGGUAUGGAAGGGACAGACAAGAACUGCAACUGAGUCAUUCUCGCACGCCUACAGUGUUUACAGCAGCAUCAUCAUCCUCGGCAGCAUCCACGAUACGCAUGGAAUAG